UUGUUCCCAAACGCAUACGUUUGUGAAAUUUUAAACUUAUCGUCUCCAGUCCACCACUAUGACUUCUUUCUUUCCGGUGUGGCUCGUUGAAUAGAUCGGACGAAAUGGCUGCACACAAGUCGUUCAGAAUAAAGCAGAAGCUGGCUAAGAAGCUGAAGCAAAACAGAUCCGUUCCCCAGUGGGUUCGCCUACGUACUGGCAACACAAUCCGGUACAACGCUAAGCGCCGUCACUGGAGGCGCACCAAGUUGAAGCUGUAAGCUGUUGAUUCCAAAAGCUCCGCAAUUUGUUGGAAUGCUGAAGGUCUUUUCAAGAAUAUAAAAUAAAUUCGUUUUCAAUUAUCGGAUUAAA